GUAGGGAAAUACCCGAAAGCACGCAUUGGGGCGUUAAUGUUGACGGAAAUAGUCCCCUUUACAAACGUCAACGUCAAGCAAGUUCAAACUUCAAAGGCAAGUCGCAAACGCAAAUGCGUGAUUUGUUUUAGUGCAUUAAAGCAUUUUUGUGAAAAAGUAAUCCGCUGCUUAUUACUAGUAACCAUCCAGUCUUAAAAAUGCCGUCAAAGCAGAGAAAAAUCGCAAUGAUGGGUUACAGAUCAGUCGGUAAAUCAUCUCUAAUUAUUCAGUUCGUAGAAGGACAGUUCGUGGAUUCAUAUGACCCCACAAUUGAAAAUACAUUUACAAAGUUCAUACGCCUGAACUCUACUGAGUACGAGGUGAAGCUUGUGGACACGGCGGGGCAGGAUGAGUUCAGCAUAUUCCCUCUUCAGUACAGCAUGGAUUUCCACGGCUAUGUUCUGGUGUACUCCAUCACCUCCAGUAAAAGCUUUCAGAUUGUACAAAUCAUUUACGACAAACUGCUUGACAUGGUUGGAAAGAUACAUGUACCCAUAGUAUUAGUCGGCAACAAAACAGAUCUGCAUCUUGAAAGGAAGAUCAGCACAGAGGAGGGCAAACGGUUGGCGGAAAAGUGGAAAGCUGCCUUUGUUGAGACCAGUGCUAAACGGAACGAGUCAGUGACGGACUUGUUCCACGCAAUCCUGCUAGAGAUAGAGCGCUCGGAUGGACACAUAAAGGAGAACGGCAACGGCUGCGUGUUGUGCUAGUUGAACAAACAACUGUGCUUUUUACUUAAGCUGAAGUGAACUAGAUCUAAUUUUAGAUUAUGCCUAGCUCAUAUGGGUUAACACUGUUACUCCUUCCUAAUUCUCGGAUCUCAUUAGGCUGCCUAAUUUUGAAAGUGUAACUGCAUUUAGCAUCUUAAUUUAAAAUGCUAAAUGUGGUUACACUUCCUAAAUAGGUGAAGAAAUCAUUUGGGAUGCAGAAUUUAGGAAGGUGUUAUUCAGUAUUUAGUAUCAAGUGGGUAUUCUAUAUAUUUCUAUUCGAAACAGAACUGUUAUAGGCGGAAACUUGUAAUAAUUGGAACUACUAGGGGAGACCGAGCAAAAUUUCGUCAACAACGUCAAUUUCGCGGUGUCUAUAAUCGUCUUCACUGAAAAAAAUGGAUAGCCGAACUGGUUUUGUAACUUUACUAAAUAACUAAACUACGGUUAUAAGAAAAUAAACUUUGCAUAAAUUUACAAACUUAUUUUGUAGUGUAUACCCAGUACCUGAACACUGAGAGCCAAACACGGUUUUGUAACAUAUAACACAUAGUUCGCAAGUCCCAAUUUUUGUGUAAACAGUAACCAAAAUUUUGUUACAGUUAUGCAAACCAUUUCUUUCAGUGUUGAAGCAAGAGACGCAUAUUGAGGGACCCGUGGACUGUGGAGCGCGGCUAAACAUAUAUAUGUCUUAAUAUUUACGUUGUUUCAACUCACCUCGGUCUCCCCUACUAUAAUUGGAACACUGAUUAAGUUAGUUGCCCUACGCACUUGAUACUAUCCCCGUAUACAAUAGCAAUGGUUGAAGCAUUAUUUGGAAGCAUAAAUGUGUGAGCAUAAGCCUGUACAUUUUGUUUAUAAUUUAUGCUUUAUAUGCUCUUACCUCAUAGUUUGGUUGACCAGUGAUUAUUAUAGUUAAAUAGUCAGUAAAUUGCAGAGUGUCAUGGGACCUUGUUCCUACCUAAACUCUGUACCUCAGCAUACGAUGUUUGGAGAUGUUUUCAUAACACGACAGUGGCAAACAAGCUUGCGGCCAGUGGUAAGCAAACCCAUUGGUCCUUCCAAAGGUAUCACAUGCAACUUGCCCAUCCAUGCGAGGCUUUGCUUUGGAGACAGCUUAAGGUAUGCAUCAUGACCAUCCGCGGGAUCUAUCGUAUUUUUACCAUCACCCAUCAGGAACACAAACUAACAGUAAUCUUAACUGAACAUUGCUGGACUUUGUUAAAAAAUAUUAGUAUAUGCCUUUGGAGUAAAUUGUGUGAUUGUGGUCUUCUGUGAUGACAUUUAACAUCUCCAACCAAUAUGUGUUGAAGUAUAGAAACUUGAAAUUGAAUAUAAAUCUGUACAUAUUGCAAUAAAUGGAAUAUUUUAUUACUUACAUACAUAGUUGUAGCAUUUUGUUUUUGAAAGGUUGCAUUUAAUUUGGAAUUUAUAUAAAAGUUAUUGUAAGUGCUUACUAAAUUUGAAGAAUCAUCUUAAUAGUUAUUGUUGUUCAACAUAGUCUCAAAUAUUUGAAACAUAAAACACUAAACUUUUAGCAGAUAGAAAUUGUUGAUUGGUUCCUCUUUGUGUAUUUUAACUGGUCAUUUGCAGAUAACUCUUAGAUAAAGUAUUGACCUUCUCUGAGUCUAGCAACAUACGAAAGGAACAUUUGUUUAUAAACAUAGAUUACACGCCCACUAGAUCGAAUAAGAUGACUUGCGUCCACGACGCCGUAUGCGUUAUAUGCGUACUCGUAUGUUUAUUUAUAAUCAUCAGUCUAUCGCAGCUGGAAUCCUUUAAUGCUGGUUGUAUGUUACUGUAUGAGCCACAGAAAGUAACCUGCUUUGCGAAGUACGUUACAAUUUACGAUUCUAAAGUUUCUAAACCAACAGUAUUGAUGAAUAUUUGUUAGGUACUUUAAACUUGUAAAAUUGUAGCCUGUGGCUUCGUGAAACGAGCUACUGUUUGUUGUUUUGACUGUGGAAUAGCGAGAUUGAGUUUAUCAAACAUAAGAAUUCUCAGGUCAUUUUAUGUCAAGGCGUUUUCGAUUUUUGGGGUUGCCUACCUCAAGGACAAACCUUAUCGUCUGGUAAUUAUAUUUAUUUUUUUGGUAGGUUAUUUUUUUAAUGUUAAUUUGAAAAACCUUAAGAUAAAUUUAUUUAUGUUUUUGUAACUUGGUUCAAAUGUUGGGCUAUUGUUAUGAGUAUGACCGAUGUUGGAAAUUAAUGAAUUAUCUUUCAUGUAAGUGAGAGUAGAGGAUGACUCGCGCUAGACCGGGCUGGAGCUUCCGGCGCUUCGUUUUUCAUGGAAAGCACCACAUGAUCGCCGAUCAGCCGUCAUAGAAAAUGACGUGUCGGACGCCCCGGCCCGGCCUAGCGAGACUCAUCAUUAGUGCAGCAUGAAAGGUCUAAAUCAUACAAAGUUGGAUAAAAUAAUCCUUGUAAUGGAAAUUUUACUGAUUGGACCUUUCGCACAGCUACAUCCAAGUGUAGAUUUAGUUCCUACUUUUAAUUUGAAAAAUAUGUUAAAUUAUUUAUAAGGCCAUUGGUGGUCUAUAAAAAUGGGUUUAAAUAUUCUGAUGAUGAACAAUGAGAGUGUUUCUACGAUUCACUCUCCUUUUUAAUCGUAUCUCAGCCGUGUGUGGCUAUGUAAACAAUAUACGUUUGAUUUGAUUGUAAAAUUACGUAUAUAAGGUCUGCCUGGUCGCAGACUUGUCCUUUCAUAAUUGUAAUUAGGUGCCUCCUAUACCUAUAAUUAUGAUGUUAUACUAAGUUUGUUAAAUAAUUUAUAGCGGCAAUUCAUCUCAGACAGCGACGUUGAACUUUCUUUAGCAUGUAAGCUCUUUCAAUUCAUUUUAGAGGGACAGUCAGCAACUGAAGCAGCUCUUAUUCUCUUAGCAAUAAAGCUGUGAUGGUAAUUUUAAAUUCCUCCCUGGCUUGCUCACUGAACAAUAAGUUCAUAACAUUUUUUUAAAUUACUAAAUUAUGUUCGUACUUACCCUUAAAAUUUUACAAGUCUCAAUUUUCUUACAAAUAAAUAAGUCAAAAUGACAGAUUAAGACACACGGUUAAUAGCUAAUAGUGGCUUGUAGCGCGUUUAUGAAUAACGCUAUUAUUGCUUUCUAUUGACGGCGCAAGGAAGUGGUCAUAAUAAAAACCACUGCACAUUAUGUCUCUGUUCAUGUCUAUGUUCGCAUAAUGGUCUUCAGUUGUGUAAAGCAAACUUUCACGGUGAUUAUAAGAUACAAAAUUACUAAUAUUUCUUCCUCGACUUAUCGCAAUCGUUAUCCAUUGACGGUUUUUCGGCGCAAGUUGUAUUUUCUUAUAUCAUUUAACAACAUCACUGCAUGAGAUGAAAUUGUUGACAUUAUAUUUAAUUUUCUGCUAGCAUAUAUAGUUUCUAAUGUAUGUGUAAAUAUCUGGAAUGGGCAUGGGCAAAAGUAUAGACAAUUGUAAACGUAAGUAUAGUGCGCACAGCAGUCCAAAAAGAGUACAGUAGGAUAAGGUGUGAUGUUUGUAUGGCUCGAAAAUUUAACAGUAAGUACAUUGUUAAAGUGGUUUUAUUUGACGA